AUGGCGGUUGUCAGCAUCACAACCAACACAGAGCCCAAGGCAACAUCGCCCGUCGAGCCUUGGAGAGCCGCUCUAGAUGAGGUAAUUGCCAUCCAGGAGAGUUGGGGAGACCAACAAGAAUCGGAAUAUGCUUCUAUCAUCCUCAAAAUGCUUCUCGCUUUUCCUGAAAAGGGUUACUUGGCCACUCUUGAAGCUUCACUCCGUAUAGGAGCAGAUUACUGGGCCAAGUACCUCCCAUCAAGCGUCGAUCCUCUCAACAAGCCUUACAUGUUAGAAGAUAAAGGCUGGCGCAUGUACCUUUAUGGCUUUUACGAGACAAUUCUCGAACAGGCAUGGCUGUUGCGUUACGACGACCCUCGGCAAGACUGCUUAGUGCACCUCCUUAUGGACUUGCAGAAUUUGCCCAAGGUGACAUACCGGAGCUAUGGUAAAGAGUGGAUUGCAUACCAUGAUGAUUCAGUCUGGGGUGAAAGGACCGAUGAUAAGUGGAAUGCAAAGUUUGCAUCCGACCGAGCUGAACCGACCGAACCCGAGGCAAAAAAGGAUUUUAUCCUCACUUGCGAUGAGUGGGUUAACUAUUCUUGUUUCUUGGCUCGUUUCCAAGGCUCCAAAGCGCAUACCCCAUAUAAGCAUCACAUGAAAUGGCCAGGUGUCGAUAUUGAGCUCGCGCUUGAGAAGCCACUUCCUUCUGGAAAGCUCGGCGAAUGUAGGCUGUUGGUGGCGUCGAACUGGUUGAUUCAUGCCGGAAAGCUCAUCUACGAGGACAUGAAGGAGACGGACACAGAGAAAUGGGGUUUAGGUGUAUGGGCCCUCUGGACGGAUGCAAUUAGAUGUGUCCUGAAGGCUGGGGAGCAGACGGACGAAGUGAACGCGAGACUGCAAGCGGCCUGGGACAUGGUCGUCUCGUUGACUCCAGAUGCCAAUGAAGUCAAGAAGAGCAUAGGAAAGGAGGAAAGCAGUGAGGUCAAGAAGUGCGACGGUGUGAAGGAGAGCAGCGAAGUGAGGGAGGGCAGUGAGGAAUUCGAUGUCUACUACGGCUGGUUGCUACAGCUUGCUACAGGCUGCUGA